AUGCUUGGACAAUUCUUUAACUCGGUGAUAUCUUUUUCCAUACUGGUGACGUAUACCAACAAGGAUUUAAAAAAUUUGCGAGAAAAAAAAAUAAUUACAAAUAUUUCAUCAUUUUUGUCACCAACCAUGUUUAAAUCCAGUCCAUUCAAAACAUUUGUGAGAACCAAAGUUGAAUAUGUGAAAAACACCAAAUUUAAGCCUGUAAAGUACUCAAAGUUUAUACCCAAGACAUACACAUUUCACCCCUACGAGCCUGCCAAGAAAGUGGAAAUUACAUCGAGCUUGCAGCAAUUGAAGAACCAAGUUAAGUCCGGGGAUGAGAUCACCAAAGAGCAAUAUCUCAAUAGCCCUCACUUUAAAUUCCAAGAAGGUAAAGAGGGGAAUUCAUUGGCAUAUCUAAGACAGUGCAUUAGUUUGAUAAAUUCAGGGAAGCCAUUGAUUGCGAUGGAUUGUGAGUCGUACGAAAGAAACCAUCUGCAAGUGACAGAAAUUGGAGUAGCGAUUAUGACUUACCGAAAGCUGACAGUACCGCAAAUCAAAACAAUCCACGUGGUUGUAAAAGAACAUUUUAAAAAGCGAAAUACCUUAUAUGUGCCCGACAAGAAAGAUCAAUUCAUGGGUGGGUCGUCAUUUGUUAUGACUGAAAACAAAACGCGUAUAUUUUUACAAAAAUUGCUUGAUAAGUACGUAGAUGAGAUGGACGGUGUAUUUGUGGGACACCAAGUGUCGUCUGAGUUGAAAUAUUUCAAGAGCAUUGGUGUGAACUGUAAAGCAGACGUUCAUACUAUAGAUACCAUGAAACUAAUGCAGUUGAGCAAGUCUGGGGGUAAUUCUCUAUGGGCGACAUUACGAGAACUUGAGAUCCCAUACGGACAUUUGCAUAAUGCUGGCAAUGAUGCUUACUUUACAUUGUUAGCAGCGUUGUCGUUAUGUGAUCCUAUCGUGAGAAUCGAUAAGAAUUUGGACAUAUACAUGGACUCACCCUAUAAAGGGAAAAAGGCAGCACAUGAUGAUAGUUCGACGUAUUUUGUAGUUGAAGAUAUUGAAAAGGUUAUAGAGAGUUUAUAG